AUGGGCGCGGCACACGUUUCGCCACGCAGAUUGUCUUCCGUCGAGCCGAGAAUUCGAGUAUCACAAUCUCAAUUAUCCCGUCGAGUGCGGCGGAUUCAAAAAUUGAAAGAGAGACUUCAGGCUUUCAAGAUCCACCAUAUGACUUCACUCUCAGGCGAAGAAUUAUUACAAGUCCUUUCCAAGGCGUGCAUUGUUAUGAGUAUACCUGCUCUGGGUCACUCGCUGGCCCCCGGGCGGUCCAGUUUUAGCGAUGAUACGAUGAAGAUCGAGUUGAGCGGACCUUCGAGACAGCAUCUGAGUGUCGUCGAUGUUCCUGGACUUUUCAGAACACCGACUGAAGGGGUAUCGACGAAGGAAGACAUGAUCCUUGUGCGACGUAGAGUCAAAUCAUAUAUCAAGGAUUCUUGGACCAUUAUUUUAGCGGUAAUCCCAGCUCCGGUGGACAUCGCAACGCAAGAGAUUCUUAGCCUGGCCGAAGAAGCUGAUCCGCUGGGUCAGAGGACUCUGGGCGUCCUUACAAAGCCAGAUCUUUUGGACAAAGGUGGCGAAGAGCUUGUGAUGGAUCUGGUACGUGGGACCAAAAAUAAGCUCAAUUUGGGCUAUUGCAUGGUCCGUAUUCGAGGUCAUCAAGACAAGGCUCCCUCCGGCACCGAUCGUCACCAGACCUUCAAAAUGAAUGCGGUUGUCGAUUCUAUCAUAAUGGGCAACAUACAACACACAGUGGAAGAUAUCCACGCGAUUCUCAAAUCAUACUACAGAGUCGCUCGGAAACGCUUCGUUGACGUGGUCUGUAUGCAAGCAGCAGACCAUCUCUUUGUCACCGGUCCUGGAAGCCCUCUCACACCUUUCACACCCUCGUUUGUUCAUCACUUGAGCUUGGACAGUCUGAUCUUGGUUGCUGGAGAGGGAGUUAUUUCCAAAAGGACCCGAAGUGGUUUGAUACACGGAAUAGAGUGUUUGAGAGCUGGGAAGAGGAUGCUCAGAGCCUAA